AUGGACGUCCCGUCGUCCUUCAGCGAGCCUGCAGGUUCCGGCUCUGCUUCUGCGGCCGAGCACGGCCUCGUGUUUGCCAACUUCUGGGUCGCCGUCGGCUUGUCCUCCGUCUUCACGCCCUGCGCGUUGGUCCACGCCGCGCAAUUGCUGCGGCGGGCGACAGUCCGCCGGACGUCGAAGUGGCUCCUCGCGGGCAAGAUCACAUCUGGCGUGGCAUUCGUGGCCCUGAAUGCCACCCUCGUGGCGCUGGGGCGAGACAAUGACACCUUCGUCCCGUUUGUUUUAGCGCUGGUCGCCUCUGUUGCCGCAUUGGCUUUGUCCAUCGUCGCGCAAUUCAAGCUCCGCCGGCCAUCCAAUCUCCUCGGCGCGUACUUGUUCCUGUCCCUUCUUUCGUCGGUUGCCAGGGCACAGCAGCUUUGGCUGGACAGCCGAGACUCGUCGGAUCGCACGGUAGCCAUCCUCCUCACGACAACGAGCAUUGUACACUUGCUCUUCCUCGCCAUCAACACCAAGGAGAGCAAGCAAUCAGCAGACUACGACUAUCAGAGCCACAGCCCCGAGGAGACGAGCAGUAUUUUCAGCCUGAGCCUAUACUCGUGGCUCAAUCAGCUGCUGUGGAAGGGCUACAAGCAGGUAUUGGCACUCGAGGACCUGUACCCCCUUGACCAGGACAUCUCGGCCGCGCGCGUGCCAUCGACUGUCUCGCCAUCGCAAGACGCUGCCACCGGCCACAGCCGAGCAUGGACAAUCCUGAAGUGGGCGACGCGUCCUGUGCUCAAGUCUCUGCUGAUCCCCAUCCUCCCGCGGCUGUGCCUGCUGGGCUUUACUUUCUGCCAGCCAUUCUUCAUCCACACGCUGCUGACGUUCCUCUCAUCCGAUGGGGGCGACACGGGCGCGGACCCACGCGUCACUGCGAACGGCCUUGUCGGUGCCGCCGUGCUAAUUUACACGGGGAUAGCCGUCUCCACGGCACUCUACUGGUAUCACCAGGAGCGUGCGCAGUCGCGGCUGCGCGCUUUUCUCGUCUCGAGCAUCUACGAGCGGACGAGCAUCUUGUCCUCCUCUGCGUCCUCCUCGCCAGCGACAUCAGCAGCUAAGCCCAACGGCAAACCCACUCCAUCCAACUCGUCCUCCUCCCCGUCAUCGGCAGCACCAUCGGCAGCAGUGACGCUCAUGUCGACCGAGGUGGACGCCAUCUACCUCGGCACUCGCAACAUCCACGAGCUCUGGGCCAACGUCAUCGAGACGGCCCUCGCGACGUACCUGCUCUCGCGGGAGCUCACCUCUCCCGACGGCGAGAGCGGCCGGACCAACACCCCCGCCGUCGUGGCGGCGCCCCUGGCCAUCGUGGCCGCGGGCUUCCUCGCGAGCUUCGCCAUGUCCAAGUACGCGGUCGGGUACCAGCGCGACUGGAUGCGCUACAUCCAGGCCCGCGUCAGCGCGACCGGCCACGUGCUCUCGCACAUCAAGGACCUGCGGACGUCUGGGAUGAUCGCGCCCGCGCGGGACAUGGUGCAAGACGGCAGGGUCGAGGAGAUUGCCCGCGGGAGCAGGAUGCGCGGCGUCAUCAACCUGUCGGCGAGCAUGUCCCAGAUCCCCAUGGCGCUGGCGCCCGUGGCGACGUUUGCGGUCGCAGGGGUUGCGGGCGUGCUGGGGAGUGGUAGCGGGAGCGGGAGCGGUACGGCCACGGCGUUCACGGCGCUGUCGUACUUGAGCUUGCUGACCAGUCCGCUCAUGGUCGUGCUGCAGACCUUGCCGAUUCUUGCCGGGUGCUGGGCCUGCCUGGACAGGGUGUGGGAGUUUGUGCAUUGUUCUGGGGUGAGAAAGGAUGCCCGUGUGCUGGUGGCUGGCGGUUCAUCGGAUGUGGUUGCUGGUGCCGACGGGGAGAAGCGAGGAGCCCUGGACACGACACUGGGGGCCGAUGAUGAUGCGGUCGUCAUCAAGGACGGCUGUUUCGGCUGGAAGCAGGGCGAACCGACCCUCAGGGACAUCAACCUCUGCCUCCCGCGUGGGUCGAUCACGAUGGUCACGGGCCCUGUGGCGUCGGGGAAAUCAACUCUGUGCCGUGCCCUGCUGGGCGAGGUGCCCUUCUCGACAGGCCGGGUCGUCAUCGCAUACGGGAGCUCCAGCGGCAACGUGCCGAGGACAAGCUACUGCGACCAGACUCCAUUUCUGAUGAACGGCUCUAUCCGGGAGAACAUUGCCGGCUUCGACUCGUCAUUCAGCCAGGAGAGAUACCAGCAGGUUAUCCACGCAACGUGCCUGGAGCAGGACUUUGAUAGCCUCCCGCUUGGGGAUGCCACGCAUGUCGGCAGCAAGGGUGUCUCGCUCAGCGGCGGGCAGAGACAGCGCAUCAGUCUGGCCCGGGCCCUGUAUCACAGUCUCAGCGGCAGAGACGGCGAGGGUGGCCUAGUGAUUCUAGACGAUGUCUUUACCGGUCUCGACGGCAAUACCCAGAACUUGAUUUGCGACAGGGUGUUUGGGCGACAGAGCGGCUUGCUGAGGAGAAGGCCUGGACUCACCGUCGUGCUGUGCAGCACGCAGGCUGUCAAGUUCAGGCACUUUGCGAAUCGGCUUGUGUAUCUUGACAGUGAUGGGACGAUUGCGAGGCAGGAGGCGCCUGAAGAGGCGAUGGAGAUGAGUGGGCGGGACAAAGCCAGUCUUGCGAUCUCGCCCGCCGCUCCAGCAAGCACUUCCCCGUCGAUUCUUGGGCAGAGGACCUCGGAGAGCUCUCCCCCCAACAAGAACGUGCUCAGUCUUCCCUCGAAAUCAACUCCACCAGCAACUCUAUCAGCGUCGGAAUCACCCUCUUCUCGCCCACUAACAGACCGCGCCGUCUACAAGCACUACUUCUCCAGCAUCGGCAUCCUACCAAUCGCCGUGUACGUCAUCCUCGUCGCCAGCGUCGGCUUCACCACAAACUUCCCAACCGUCUGGCUGCAGUUCCUCGUCACGGACCUGUCGUCUUCCACACCCGCACACAGCUUCGCGUACUACAUGGGCAUAUACGGGCUGCUCGCUGCUCUGUCCGUGCUGAGCGUCUUCCUCGCUGGUGGCAUCGUUAUGCUCGUCUUCGUCCGCCUGUCGGGCACAAACCUGCACCAGCAGACCCUCGACACGGCCCUGGGCGCCAGCCUGCGCUUCCUCACGACGACCGACACGGGCACCAUCCUGAACCUCUUCUCGCAGGACAUGACGAUCAUCGACACCCAGCUGCCGCGCAUGGUCAACAACUUCUCCUUCAGCCUCGCCACAGUGCUCGGCCAGGCCGCCGUCAUCGCCGCGUCCAGCGGGUACCUGGCCGUCAGCUACCCGUUCUUCGCGGCCCUGCUAUGGGUGCUGCAGCGGUUCUACCUGCCGACGUCGAAGCAGCUGCGCAUCCUGGAUCUCGAGGCCAAGUCGCCGUUGUACACGCACUUCCUCGACACCAUUGCCGGCCUCUCCACGAUCCGCGCAUACGGGGCUUUCCCCGCGCAGAUCGCCCGCAACCGAGCCCUGCUCGACACGUCGCAGCGGCCAAACUACCUGCUCGCCAUGGCGCAGCAGUGGCUGCUGCUCACGAUGAACAUGAUUGUCGCGGUGCUGGGCGUCAUCCUCGCUGUGCUCGCGACAAAUCUGCCGCGUGACGGUGGCGGUGGUGCCGGGGGCGGUGGUGGAGGAGGAGAGGCCACGACUUCCUCCGGGUCAGUCGGUGCCGGCCUAGUCAUGCUCAUGCGCUUCGGAGCUGCGUUGAGCAUGGUGAUCAAUGCGUACACUGGCCUCGAGAUCAGUCUUGGCGGAAUCGGUAGGCUGAAGAAGUUUGCGGAGGACACGGAGCGGGAGGAUAGGUCGCCGCCCGGGACGAUGGACCAGCAUGCUGCAGAGAGCAGCCUUUUACCUGCCACAGAGCUAGGGCUGGACAACACCUGGCCGAGGCAAGGCAGGAUCGAGCUGCGGAACGUGUCUGCAAGCUACUCGGGUGAUCCCGAGGCCUUGGUGCUCAAAGAUGUUUCGUUGAGUAUCAAGGCGAGGGAGAAGGUCGCGCUGGUCGGCCGGACUGGGAGCGGCAAAUCCUCCCUCGUAGCCCUCUUGUUACGGCUUUUCGACCCCAUCGCCACCGCCGACCACGCCCACAGCUACAGCGGCAUCACAAUCGACGAGGUCCCGCUCAACACCAUCGACCGCACUGCCCUGCGAGCCCGACACAUCAUCGCCGUCUCCCAGGACGUCGUCUUCCUGCCGGCCUCGUCGGCCGCGGAACCGACCUCGAUCCGGGACAACCUGGACCCGUGGGAUGCUGCGACGCUGGACGAGGCCAUCGCCGCGCUGCAGACUGUCGGCCUGUACGAGACCUUGCUGGCCAAGUUCCCCCAGGGGAUCGAUGGGGCUGCGGUCGUCGCGACCACCGGCGAGGUAGGCAAGCAGCUCACGGACGAGCUGAGUGUGGGACAGCGGCAGUUGUUCUCGCUCGCCCGGGCGGUGCUGAGGCGGAGAGUGCGCAAGAAGGCGAUGGACGCGAGGGGCCUGGAGGAGGGCGGAGUGCUUCUAUUGGACGAGUUUACUGCGAGCGUGGACGCGCAGACCGAGGAGCAGAUGCUGGACAUCCUGCGGCGCGAGUUUGCGGCGUACACGGUGGUCAUGGUCACUCAUAGCGUCGAGAGUGCGCGGAGGUGGUGCGAUCGGGUUGUGGUUAUGGAUCAGGGCAGUGUGGUGAGUGAGUGA